UCUUUCUAAAGUUAUAUAAAUAGCUAGCAAAUCAAGAUUAACCACAGCAUAAAAUUUCCUACAGAUCGAAUAAAUGUGCCUUUGAUCUCCAGAAAACCCUAAACCAUAGUUGAUACAAUGUCUGCCCCUGCUUUAGCGUCAGAGCUAGCUCAAACCCCGAAUAUUACUGCCACUCCUAAUGUUACUCGACGUUCAGCUAAUUAUUCCCCGAGCAUUUGGGGUGAUCAUUUUCUGUCAUAUGCUUCCAUGGAAGCGGCAGAUAGUAAAAGUAAGAAACAUAUCCAAGACUUGAAGGAAGAGCUGAAGAGGAUGAUAAUGGCUCCAGCGAAAAGGCCUUCACAAAAAUUGCACUUCAUCGACCACAUUCAGCGCUUGGGUGUCUCAUACCAUUUUAAAGAUGAGAUUGACCAAAUUUUGCAGCAAGUUCACCGAGAAGAAGAAUAUGAUGAUCUUUGCACCACUGCUCUAAGCUUUCGAUUGCUAAGACAACAAGGUUAUAACACUUCAUGCAAUAUGUUUAACAAGUUCAAGGAUGAUGAUGGAAGAUUUAAAGAAUCGCUUAUUGAUGAUGUACUCGGCCUGUUAAGUUUGUAUGAAGCCUCACAUCUUCAGAUGCCCGGGGAGGAUAUACUGAACGAGGCACUAACCUUCACCACCUCUCAUCUCGAGUCUGCAGCACACCGCUUAAGCUCAUCGUCUCUUCUUUGGAAACAAGUAACUCAUGCCUUGUAUCAACCACUUUGGCAGGGCAUGCCCAGGAUUGAAGCGAGGCAUUACUUGUCUAUUUACCAAGAAGAUGAUUCACAUAAUGAAACUCUUCUGAAUUUUGCAAAGAUGGAUUUCAACACUGUGCAGAAAGUUCAUCAGAAAGAACUAAGUGAAAUUACGAGGUGGUGGAAGGACUUGGACUUUGUAACCAAGCUCCCUUUUGCAAGAGACAAGGUAGUUGAGGCCUAUUUUUGGGCUUUUGCAGUCUACUUUCAGCCGGAAUAUUACUUUGCCAGGAUGGUAUUAGCAAAAGCUGUUGCUAUAAUUACAGUCAUUGACGACAUAUACGAUGUGCAUGGCACAUAUGAAGAACUAGAGAGCUUUACUGAAGCUAUUGAGAGGUGGGACAUUUCUGCUGUUGAUCAACUGCCAGAUUAUAUGAAAGUGUGUUAUAAAGCGCUGUUGAAUUUCUUCACCGAGCUUGAAGAAAGUCUAACGAAUAAGGGAAUCUUAUACCGCCUCCACUAUGCGAGAGAAGGAGUAAUUCUCAAAGUUCAAGUCAGAGCUUACUUCCAGGAAGCAAAAUGGUUCAAACAAAAGUACACACCAUCAAUGGAAGAGUAUAUGUCUGUGGAACGCUAUACAUCCUUCUUCAUGUUAGCAACAGUGUCAUUUGUUGGAAUGGGAGUUAUUGUUACAAAAGACUCCAUGGAUUGGGUUUUCAGUGAACCUAAGCUUUUAAAGGCCACAUCUAUUAUUGGCAGACUCAUGAAUGACCUUGUAGGCCAUAAGUUUGAGCAAAAGAGAGAACACAUUGCAUCAGCCGUGGAAUGCUACAUGAAGCAAUAUGGUGUCACAGAAGAAGAAGCAGAGGUCGAGCUAACUAAACAAGUGAAUGACGCAUGGAAAGACAUAAACGAAGAGUGGCUCGAUGCCACCUCUAUCCCUAGGCCCCUACUCUUGCUGAUUUUGAACCUUGCACGUUCUAGUGAAGUUCUAUACAAGGGGGAAGAUGUGUUCACUCAUUCUGGAAAUGUGCUCAAGGGUCAUGUAGUUUCUCUCUUUAUCGAUCCCGUGCCCAUAUAAGCCUAAAAUCUGGUCGUGUCCUCUUUACUGCAAAAUAAAGUCCUAGCUUCUUCGUUGUCAUAUAAUAAGCAGUUUCAAAGACAGCUAGUACUUGCUGCCAGAUGAAAUUAACGAGGUUUGAAUAAAGUUUAUUUAUUGGAUGGUCUUCUUGUUCAGGAUACGAUGCAUCCUGCAAGUAAGAGAUCGAAUUAUACUAAAUACUCUUAUUUACUUUUCUCUUUGGUUCAUGUUCUUGUCUGGGGUUCGGUUGGUUGAGACUUGAGAGUGUUUGUUUCUUCCUUGCUCAUGCAAUUUGUAUUAUGAUGAUACAUCAUAUCUUUGGACGGGAUCUGCCUGGGAUAGGGUGAUUUGGAUACCUUUCACGCUCCUAUUGGAAAGUAUGGUGACGUUUCUGUGUCACUAGGAGGACCAGCGGCUUUUGGUGAUGAAGGCAAAAGCUCCUGGCUUUUUCUUUCUCUGAGGAUAAGUUCCUCUCUUUGGAGUUUGGAGGGUUUCCUCUUCUUAUUGGACUAUAAAAUUGUUGUUAGGCUUGUGGUGUUUUUAAAUUUCUUUUUGUUUGUAAUCUUGACCCAAAGUUUGGGUCUUUGUUAUAUUUGAAUAAAAAGAAGG